AUGGCUUUUGACGCCUGCAUCUGCAAAGUUAUAGGCCAUAUGCAGCCUACUCUGGAAAAGUUUAUUUUGACGUCGGCAACCGCAGGCCUUAGGGCUAUCUGUGGCGUCAACUGGAAAUGGACACUCUCAUGUGAUGUUCAUCUUCAGCUCUUUCAGAGCGGCUUUAUAUUCACGGCCUUCGUGGCCGGCGCCGACUGUGUCGAUCAUCUAGUCUUAAUACGCCGGAAGUACUACCGAAAUACCACGACGCUGUUCGCAGUGGUGCUCUCUGGAUUUUUGCAUCUGAUCAUAAGCGUGUACAUGUUGACAAUUGCCAAAAAUUACAUAAAAAAACGCGUAAAACAGGGGCCUCAGAGCGUCGGCUCGUGCAUGGAUUACUCGAUGACGGCGGCGUUUGCAAACGGGAUGGUGCUCGUGUUUAUUGUGCAUAAUGUUUAUGUUCAGAACUUUAAAUGGUCGAUGUCUUCGUGUCUAGCAUACGCAGGCACACUUGGUUGCAUCAUCACAAGAAGUUUUUCCAUUAUCAAGAUUGUGCCGCAAAAUAGCCCACUUCCAGUUGAACAAAAUUCGCUUGUGACGCUUGGGACGCUGACUCCGUCACUGUUUAACUGCAAUUCGGGUUACUUCUGGGACAUAUUGCCAAGUUUAUUACAGACAGUAAUUUUCACUUUUAUUUGCUCAGAAUAUAUUGGAAAGGUCCUAAUUCGAUCACAAUAUUGGAAUAAUGAGGUAAAAUCAAACGGCUAUUGUGACUGUAAACAUAAGAGGAAGCCCCUUAUGCAGGUGUGAUAAGCUGUAAAUUUCUGUGGACAGGUUAUUUAGAAAAGUGUUGUUUAAAAGUAAAGACACAUUUCCUUGGAAUGGGAAAUCCAUCGUUAUGUUUCCAUAAAACUGUGAUACUAUGCUCAAAUAUGUUUGUAGCACUUAUUAGCACCUAAAGGUAUAAUAUUGACGGAGUUAAAGACGAAAUAUUGUUGAAUAUUUACACUUGGUGUCAUCUUCUUUCAUUUUAUUAAAAUGUUACUUAUGGCAAGAAACAACAUGUUAAGAUGGAACUUGGGACACAAUUAUGCUAAGUAUGUCGGGAAGCUUAUGCGUAGCCUAAAAUGCAUAAACUUGAGAUCUUCAAUGUGGACAGAAACACUUGCUGUGACGAGUUGUUAAUGUUUAAACAUGAUAUUUGUAUGCAAAAGAAGUUGUUUAUAUAUAUUUAAAUGGAUAAAAUGAUAUAUAAGUCUCGUGAUUAGAUACUAAAUAAGGCUGUGAUAAUUGAAUAAUAUCCAAAUGAAAUAAUGUUAAAAUGUCGAUGUAUUUUUUUAUGUGUACAUUGGCAUUUGUAGUAAAGCAUAAUGUGACUGUAUUUAGAUAAACUUUCACUAUUCGCAAUCAGCACAACCAAAAGGUUUCAUAACGACAUUGCAAUUUACCCGGUGAAAUAUGAACAGGAAUAAUAAAAGCAAAGCUCAUGCGUUAUUUCCUCAACUGGCAAAAUACGCAACCACAUCAACCAUCUCGUUAGAACUUCACAGAGACGCAUAUCAAAACCAUGCUUUGAAAACUCAUUAAAUGCCUUUAUCAAAUAUACUUUGGAAAACAAUAAA